AUGGCAACUCUCCGCAAGAAAGUCGACAACCGCAUUCGCGUUCAGAUCGAGAAUGGAGUUGCCUUGCAGCAUCGCACUAUGUUUGUAGUGGUCGGAGAUCGUGGAAGAGAUCAGGUGGUUAUUCUGCAUCACAUGCUAUCCAAAGCAAGCGUCCGAGCACGGCCGUCUGUUUUGUGGUGCUACAAAAAAGACCUUGGCUUUAGCAGCAAUCGGAAGAAACGGAUGAAGCAGCUACAGAAGAAAAUCAAAACGGGCACAUUGAAUCUGAAUCAGGAUGACCCUUUUGAGCUCUUUGUCGCUGCCACAAACAUUCGCUACUGUUACUACAACGAGACCCAUAAGAUACUGGGAAACACUUUUGGCAUGUGCGUCCUACAAGAUUUUGAAGCCCUCACUCCCAACCUCUUAGCCAGAACAGUUGAGACAGUUGAAGGCGGAGGGAUUGUGGUCAUACUGUUACGGACAGUCAACUCCCUCAAGCAGCUGUACACAAUGACAAUGGACGUGCACGCUCGUUACAGAACGGAGGCUCAUCAGGAUGUAGUUGGAAGGUUCAAUGAGAGGUUUAUCCUGUCCCUUGCGUCUUGCAAAAACUGCGUGGUCAUCGACGACCAACUCAACAUUCUGCCCAUCUCCAGCCACAUGGCCAACAUCAAGCCUGUUUCGCCCAAAACACAGGAGGACGGCUUGUCUCCCAAAGAACAGGAGCUGAGGGUCCUCAAGGAGACCCUUCAGGACACUCAGCCAGUGGGAGUGUUGGUGGAUAACUGCAGGACCAUGGACCAGGCCAAAGCAGUGCUGAAGUUUAUCGAAGCCAUCUCGGAGAAGACCCUCAGAAGCACCGUGGCUCUGACGGCAGCCCGUGGCCGAGGAAAAUCGGCCGCAUUGGGGCUGGCGGUCGCUAGUGCCGUGGCUUUUGGCUACUCCAACAUCUUUGUCACAUCCCCAAGCCCAGAUAAUCUCCACACCAUGUUUGAGUUCAUUUUUAAAGGCUUUGAUGCGCUUCAGUAUCAGGAACAUAUGGACUAUGAGAUCAUCCAGUCACUGAAUCCAGAGUUCAAUAAAGCAGUUGUGAGGGUCAAUGUUUUUAAAGAGCACAGGCAGACUAUUCAGUAUAUCCAUCCAGGUGAUGCUGUCAGACUUGGCCAGGCUGAACUUCUGGUGAUCGACGAAGCGGCAGCUAUCCCAUUACCGAUCGUCAAGAACCUGCUGGGACCUUAUCUGGUAUUCAUGGCCUCCACCAUCAAUGGUUACGAAGGCACAGGCCGCUCCCUCUCCCUGAAACUGAUUCAGCAGUUGAGGCAGCAGAGUGCUGACAGCCAACAGAACAUGUUGGCCGAGAACAGGAGCACCAGUACGGCCAGGCUGGCGGCAGCUCGCACGCUGCAUGAAGUCAGCCUGCACGAGUCUAUUAGGUACGCAGCCGGUGACGCAGUGGAGAAGUGGCUUAAUGAGCUGCUCUGCUUGGACUGCCUAAACAUUCCUAGGCUCAUAUCUGGGUGUCCUCUUCCACAAACCUGUGACCUAUAUUACGUGAACAGAGACACACUGUUUUGCUACCACAAAGCAUCUGAGGCCUUCCUGCAGCGUCUGAUGGCUCUCUACGUGGCGUCCCACUAUAAGAAUUCCCCCAACGACUUGCAGAUGUUGUCCGACGCGCCGGCCCAUCACCUCUUCUGCCUUCUCCCGCCUGUGCCUCCCACACAGAACUCGCUGCCGGAAGUCCUAGCUGUGGUGCAGGUUUGUCUAGAGGGCGAAAUAUCCCGACAGUCCAUACUCAACAGUCUCUCCAGAGGGAAGAAAGCCUCAGGUGACCUCAUUCCGUGGACGGUGUCAGAACAGUUUCAAGAUCCGGAGUUUGGCGGCCUGUCCGGAGGCAGGGUGGUGCGGAUUGCUGUCAAUCCAGACUAUCAAGGGAUGGGAUACGGCUCACGAGUGCUCGAGCUGUUGCAGAUGUACUAUGAGGGCAAGUUCCCCACCAUGGAUGAGAGCACAGCUUCUCAGCACAACAAAAUCAUGACUGUCAGCAGUGAGGCCGUCACGCUCUUGGAGGAGGUGGUGACACCUCGCAAGGAGCUCCCGCCACUGCUGUUGAAGCUGAGCGAAAGGAGAGCCGAACGACUGGACUAUUUAGGGGUGUCCUAUGGACUCACGGCUCAGCUGCUCAAAUUCUGGAAGAAAGCAGGUUAUACUCCAGUCUACUUGAGACAAACACCAAACGACCUGACGGGAGAGCACUCGUGCGUGAUGGUGAAGGAGCUGAUUAGUGAGGAGGACCAGAGCCGGUGGUUGCCCUCAUUCUGGAAAGAUUUCCGCAGGCGCUUCCUGUCUUUGCUGUCCUACCAGUUCAGCAGCUUCCCACCCAGCCUUGCCCUCAGCAUUCUGCAGAACAUGAGCACCAAGGAGACCCAAAGCACAUUAAGCGCUUCUGAGCUGGCGGUCCACUUCAGCCCGUACGACCUCAAGCGCCUUGAGUUGUAUUCUCGCAGCAUGGUGGACUACCACCUCAUCAUGGACCUUGUCCCAACCGUGGCGCGCUUGUUCUUCCUCAAGCAGUUGGGAGACACCUCUCUGUCAGCAGUACAGUGUGCAAUGCUGUUGGGCAUCGGACUGCAACACAAAUCUGUGGAGCAAUUGGAAAAGGAGGUGAACCUCCCAAGCUCGCAGCUCAUGGGGCUCUUUAACCGCCUUGUGCGCAAAUUUGUGCAAGUGUUUACCAGCAUCCAAGAAAAGGCCAUCGAAGCAGAGAUGGUUGCCACCAAAGAUGUCACCAUGGAGCCAACUGUCCGAAGCCUUCAUGAUGAUUUGAAUGAGGCAGCAAAGGAGUUUGAAGAGAAACACAAGCAGGAUAAAGAGAAAGUGAAGGAACUUGAACUGGAAGAGUACAAGAUUCGCGGACAUGAUGAGGAAUGGGACGAGGUUCUGAAGAAAGCUGGGAGCACGGCAAUGGUCAGCAUUAAAAGUGACAAGAAGAGGAAACUAGAUACAGGAAAUGCAGUGGCGAGCAAUGGCUGUCUCGAGUACGGGAAGCAAAAGAGGAAGGACAAGCAGCAUGGAAAGUUCAAGAAAAAUGACAAACAUGGUAAAUUUGGAAAGAAGGUGUUCAAAUGA